UCCACACGUUGUUUACCAGCAUGAUGGCGUCCCAGUGGGCGCUUGCAAGGGAGAAGCGAUUGAUGUCCAGAGCGCACCUAAGUGGGAUCUGAGCGUUGAGUGCGCUUGCAAUCUGGCCCCUGGACGGGCGGAAACUGUCACAAACGAUGCUGCUUCGGAGCAACUCAUCGGAUUCUUUGGGCGGAUCCUUAGCUGACAAGAGGCUUGAGACAGCAAUUCCUGACUUUGAGAAUUGGUUCUGAGCCAAUUCAACGCCCUCCUGUGCUUUCAGAGCUGGCGCCAUGGGGCACCCCCUCAAACCUACUUUUUGCCCCCAGCACUUUCCCUCCCGCCGCGUUACCAUCCCCAUUGCUGUCCUCGCAUUCACAUCUCUCCUGCUCUCCAGAAUCAUCCGAGUCGAGCCAGGAUACACCCCGGCCGGCGACUUCCGCAUCCGCUUUCUCUGGGCAUUCUCCACCGCCCCCUCCGCCUCCCUUGAAUUCACCCAAUCGUGCUCGUCGGGCGGGCUCGACGACUUUUCUCGCGUUGAAGACAGCCCGCUUGCGACGGGGCUGCGGAAGGCGUUCAGAAAGCGGCCCCGGAAGCAGCUCCCGGAAGAGGUCGCUGAGCUGGAGUGCUCUCAUUGGUGGCAAGCUUAUGCUGACUACCACCGAAGGGUUUUGGAUUAUAAUGGAGCGGGGGGGUGGCCUGCGCCCCGGCUAGCGGUGGUCAAGAAAGGGAGGGGCGUUUUGGGGGAUGGGGGGGGGCUGGGAGACACGGUUUCGAGCCAGGUUUCGAGCCUCGUGUUUGCAAUGCUGAGCGGGCGGGUGUUCCAGGUAUACUGGACGAAAGCCCAAUUUGUGUUUGAGAACCCGUACAUAAACACGAGCUACACGGGCCCGGAAGAGUACCUAGACCUUACGCCGGAUAAGGAGCAGGGAGGAACUGCGGAAAGCCGCGACGGGAAGGCGCAGUCGUCGUGCGUGCAGGUGCCAUCAAGGAAUGAUGCAGCUCGCUUUUGGUUGGACGACGAGGUGAAACGGACGGGGGACUUCAACGCGGGGCCCCUGCGGCAUCGCAUUGAGUUGCUGGACACGAACAAGGGCGUGCUCAACCUGUGGUGGGACGAGCCGUUGGUCAGGGACCGCAUGCUUGCUGCGGGUCUGGACCGGGAGAACCUUUAUGGCUGCGCCCUCAACUUUUUGUUCAGGCCGAUUCCUGCGGUGGCGGCGGUCAUGCUGCCGAUCGCGAAAAUGCUGCUGGACCCGGGUGUCUUCAGCAUCGGGAUCCAUGUCCGGACUGAUUAUACGGACAGCGCCAUGAAGGGCGGGGACGGCGCCAAGUCCGUAGCUGACUACUGGACGCCGUUCCAGUGCGCCAAGGACAUCGAGUUGCAGUACGCGGAGUUGAUAGGCAAGCGGAAGAUCAUCUGGUAUGUUGCAUCGGACUCGGAUUCCCUGCGGCAGAAUGCUCAGGAGAUGUUCGGGCGCGACCGGCAAAUCUACCUCCUAGAUGCGAAGCCGACAAACGCUUACAUCCAACGAGCGACCGACACCUGUAGCUAUGAGUGGGACUGUCUGAACCCGCUUCCAGUCAAAGCCCUAGAAACGACUUUCGUAGAAUGGUGGUUAUACUCGUUAAACGACUUCUUCGUCAUCACGGAUUCCGGUUUGUCGGUUUCCUCGGUAGGACGGUCUAUGAAGAGGAACACCACGUACUACGUGGAUUUGAGACAAGAACCCAAACCCGAGAAGGGGCAGCCCAUAUGCAUGGGGGAGCCCACGCUGUGGAGGAAUAUAGAGAAUCUUAGAGCAGGGAUGUAAGCAAUUCUGUAGUGUCAAUUAAUUGCUGAUUGAUCGAUUUAAGGCAUGCGACUGUGACCCGCCGGGCGCGGCCGGGCCAACCUUAAUUCCACCCUUUGAUGCCAAAGUGCAACGCUGAUCCUUCAUAUCUAGUCAGCUAUCUGAUAGGGGAGCUCUGAACUGCAG